CAAAAAUUGAGAUUUCUCUUAAACCCACCUUCACCGACGACGAGCUCAAUGGACCGCAAUCGAAGCCUUACGAAUCCGAUUUAGUUUAUAAAUAGCUAAAAGCACAAUGAUAGUCGAUCUUACCGCAAUUCUAAUCGAAAAUCCUGAGUCGCGCCCGCCCUAAAUACCUAGUACCUAGGUACUUACCUACCACGAUGGCAGCGCCCCUCAAGACUGCCGCCGCAUCGGCCGGCUCCUUCAUACCGCGCGCCGUGUUCGAAGUGUCGCCCUCAAUAACGCGGUCCUAUUUCCUAGGACAUCAUGUGGGCGCGUUGACAUCGAUGCGCAAGAUCUUAUCGAACAUAGGUCUGGUUCUCGAGUGCCGCGACAGCCGGGUCCCCGUCACAUCUACGAACCCGCUUCUCGAGACCGCGCUCGCGGGACGCGACCGGAUCAUCGUGUACACAAAGUCCGACCUGUGCGCCCCUGCCUCUGCGAACCGGUGGAUGGAGAAGCAACGACAACUACUCAUAGACUACCACGCCACGCGCUCGGGCAUAACCUUCGAAAAGGAGAAUGGCAACAACACAGACCAAGACAGUAGUUGGAAUCCGAUUAAUAGCGAUAGCGGUAGAAGGAGAGCGAGGAAAGGAAAGAAAGGUGCGGAUGACAAGACACAAGUCGUAUUCACAGACGAGCGCAACCCGCGCUCAAUUCAACAUCUCAUCGACGCGAUCAAAACCCGCGCCAUAGCCACAGACACAUUAACCGGACUCCGCGCCCUCGUUGUCGGCAUGCCCAACGCAGGAAAAUCAACCCUCCUUAACGCGCUCCGCCGCGUCGGCCUCUCGCUCCCGAAAGCCGCGCGCACCGGCUCGCAACCGGGUAUAACGCGCAAGCUAGGGACACCGGUGCGUGUGAUCGCAGAAGACAGCGCCUCGGGCAUCGAGCAAGGCGUCUUCGUUGUCGACACCCCAGGAGUAUUCGUGCCGUACGUCGGGGACGCUGCAGCCAUGCUCAAGCUCUCGUUAGUGGGAUGCGUGAAGGACGGAUUAGUCCCCCUGGAAGUGGUGGCCGAUUACCUCCUCUUCAACCUGAAUCUGCGAGAUCCAGGGAUAUACGCGGAGCUGUCCCCACCGACGAACGAUGUCCUGGAAUUUCUGGACGCGGUGGCGGUGCGCACGGGGAAGUUGCAGAAGGGUGGUGUGCCGAGGCGCGAGCAGGCUGCCGAUUGGAUUGUGCAGCAAUGGCGGAAGGGGAACCUGGGGCUGUUCGGGUUAGAUGAUAUUAGCGAAGAGAACUUGAAAGAGAAAGCGAGGAGGGAAAGGCUUGGGGAGGAGGAACACGUUAGUAUGAACCAGGCUAAGAAGAGAGAGAAGGAGGCGAGGAAAGCCAGACAUAGUGCUAAAAGACAGGCAACCGAGGGAGCUUGACCGUCUUUAAAUAGCAUUGGGCUAUGGGCAAGAGACAUGGAGACAUCUAGACAAACAUCGAGGACG